UUAUUUAGUGUUAUUCAGGCUCGAAACAAUUUAAACACAAACAAAUUAAGAGAAAAUGUAUUGCUUAUUAUAAUUGACGAUUUGCGACAUCUAACGGGCAAAAAUGUCAAACUGCCUACCAUUGAAAAAAUGGCGGCAAAUGGUAUAACGUUUGAAAAUGCUUUUGCUCAGCAAGCUCUUUGCGCUCCGAGUAGAAAUUCGAUGUUAACGGGGCGCCGACCCGAUUCGUUACAGCUGUACGAUUUCUAUUCAUAUUGGCGAGACAGCGUCGGCAACUUUACCACGCUACCUCAAUUAUUUAAGCAAAAUGGCUACGACACGUACUCUGUUGGCAAAAUAUUCCACCCAGGUGCCAGUUCUAAUUUUUCUGAUGACUUCCCUUAUAGCUGGACAGAGGAACCAUACCAUCCCACAACUGAUAAAUAUAAAGACGCUGCCGUGUGCAAAGAUAAAAUAACUAAUAAACUACAAAAAAAUCUUAUAUGUCCAGUUGAUGUUAUUAGCCAACCUGAUCAUACGCUGCCUGACUUACAAACCUUGGAUUACGCGGUAAAUAUACUAAAUGAAAGAAGAAAUAAAAGUCGUCCAUUCUUGCUAGCUGUGGGGUUUCAUAAACCGCAUAUACCUUUAAAAUUUCCGCAGGAAUAUUUAGAUAGGGUACCGAUAGACAAUAUAAGUCCACCCAAACAUCUAAACCUACCAAAGACCAUACCAACAGUAGCGUGGCAUCCAUGGACGGACGUCCGGCAUAGAGACGACAUAGCCCGACUCAACAUAUCUUUCCCAUUCGGCACCAUGCCGCAUGAGUGGACGCUGAAAAUAAUACAGAGUUACUACGCCGCAGCGAUUUAUGUGGACGACUUGGUUGGAUCUCUCAUGCAACACGUCGAUUUGAAGAACACGGUCGUUGUUUUAACUAGUGAUCAUGGCUGGUCUUUAGGAGAAAACGGUCUCUGGGCCAAAUACAGCAAUUUCGACGUCGCAUUGAAGGUUCCCUUGAUUUUCCUAAUACCCGGAACGGAGCCCAACACUAUAAGUUUUCCGGUAGAGCUCAUCGAUAUUUUCCCAACACUAGCUGAGAUUACUGGUUUGGGUGAAGACAUCCCUAAGUGCACUAAAAAGCAUGAAAUUUUAUGUUUCGAAGGCAAAAGCUUGCUGGACUUAACAACACAAACGGAAAAUGACACCGACGAAGAAUAUUUUGCAAUAAGCCAAUAUCCAAGACCAAGCGUAUAUCCAACGAGAAACACCGAUAAACCGAAACUAAAAAAUAUAAAAAUAAUGGGUUAUAGCAUAAGAACAAAUAACUAUCGAUACACAGAAUGGGUUUCGUUUAAUCAUACGCUUUUUACAAAAGACUGGAAUAAACUGUAUGGUUUGGAACUUUAUGAUCACAUCACAGAUCCAUAUGAAGCACACAAUGUCGUUUCUAAACUUAAAUACCGCCGCAUUAGGAAAUUUUUAUCUAAAUUACUAAGGGAAUCUGUAGGUCUAAAAGAGAAUAAAAACAUGUGAUUACCUUACCUAAAUGGUAGAACCAAACAUAAUUUGAAAUAGAGGGAUAUUGUCAAAGUAAACUAUGUGAAAGUACAUAAUUUAUUACAUGAUUAACACUUUUAGAACUCCAUUUGACUUUGAUCCUUAUUUUUAGUAGUAGUAGUAGUAGUAGUAGUAAUCACUUUAUUGUACACAACACAGGUUUACAUAAUAUUUACAGAAAUAAAGGUACAAAGGAGAACUUAUCCCUGUAAGGGAUCUCUUCCAGCUAACCUUCGAGUAGAUGAGGGGAGAAUUAGAUAGACAAACUUACGGAAUGCACAGUAACAUUUUAAAAGUAAACUAACCAAAACGUCCAAAAGUAAAUAAAAAUUUUCACUGAUAUGUGUUAAAUUUGUUAAAUGUCAAAAAGUAUCGCCAUUUUAAGGUAUGGCCUCCUUUUAUGGGGUAAUUGUAGUGAUAUACUUAAACAGGGCAUUUAUAGCACAAAAAAAUGUUUAAGGGCAAUGUGUGGGAUAGGUCCACGAGAUUCAUGUAAACCUUUAUUCGAAAAACAUGAAAUUUUGAACAUGCAUGUAUAUUUUCGAGGCAGCAGUUUUUGUAAAAAAAUACCCAGAUCUAUUUAAAAAGGCCAUAGAUGUUUCCCAAGUAGCACAGAUAGCUCUAUAACUACUCACUUUUAGUUCUAUCUAACGCUCUGUGCGUAUUAAGACACUUAUAAGAGCACACUCGUGAUCCUACAGCUGUAUAAUAGAUCUCAGUGAUAUUUAUAUAGCUUAGGGCUGAUUAAAAGCUGCAUUACGGCUCUGAAAACUACCAUUAAUACGCAAAGAGUGAUAUAAAGGUAUAUUUGCUACGACCCUAUACAGCUUUAAGGGUUAUCAAAUGCUUUAACCGUUAUAAGGUCUGUUUAGUGGAUAAAAUUACGCCAUGUGCUGUAUAAGGAGGUAAUUGUGGACUUUUAUUACAUUGACUUAUUAAGGGAGCACAAGUGAACUAUUAUGAAGCUAAUAGACGUAUAAUGGAACACAUGUGGCACAUAAUACAGCUUGUCGCUUAACAUGUUUACCACUAAGCAGCUUUUAUUACACUGACUUUUAAGGGAGCACGAGUGAACUAAUAUGAAGCCAAUAGACGUAUAAUGGAACACAUGUGGCGCAUAAUACAGCUUAUCGCUGAACGUGUUUACCGCUAAGCAGCUUUUAUUACGCUGACUUUUUAAGGAAGCACGAAUGAACUGUUAUGAAGCUAAUAGACGUAUAAUGGAACACACGUGGCGCAUAAUACAGCUUAUCGCUGAACAUGUUUACCGCUAAGCAGCUUUUAUUACGCUGACUUUUAAGGGAGCACGAGUGAACUAAUAUGAAGCCAAUAGAUGUAUAAAUGGAACACAUGGGGCGCAUAACACAGCUUAUAGCUGAACAUGUUUACCGCUAAGCAGCUUUUAUUAUUCUGACUUUUUGAGGAAGCACGAAUGAACUAUUAUGAAGCCAAUAGACGUAUAAUGGAACACAUGGGGCGCAUAAUACAGCUUAUCGCUGAACAUGUUUACCGCUAAAGCAGCUUUUAUUUCGCUGACUUAUUAUAAGGGAGAACGAGUGAACUAUUAUGAAACCAAUAGACGUAUAAUCGAACACAUGUGGCGCAUAAUACGGCUUAGCGCUGAACAUGUUUACCGCUAAGCAGCCUAUUAUACCACCAUUGGGACUGUCUGCAUAGUGGCUGUUAAAACGUUCAUAAGAUGCCUUAUAACUGUUUAGAGGUUCACUAGUGUAUCGAAAUAACGACUUGGACUUUAUAGUGGUUCACUUAAGUAUCUUUAUCAGAUAUAUAACAGUCGUAUGCUGCAUAUAAGAAUUUUAACGGUUCACGUUGCUUUUUAACAUUGACCGCCAUUUUAUUGUAUAUAACCUACAAAAUUGAAAUUGCUUUUCCAACUUUUAAGGGUAACAAUAUGGUUUUGUGCCUGAGUACUUAACCUAAAUCAUUAGUUUAGUACUUCCUAUAACGUAUUAUUAACUUUUUAUCUCAUAAUUCUGUCCAAACCACUGAAAUAGUUUUUACACGUAGCUUAUUUAUAUCAUUAAUUUAAAUAAAUACUGAUUAUUUUCGUGGCGCACUGAAAUUUUCUUAGAUAAUGUAUAUAUAUAAUGUCAAUAAACUUGCAUUCCCAAACAUCUUUCUCGCAUUAAUAUAUAAAAGAUCAUGUACAAACAUUCAACUAAACACUUUAACAAAAUGACUUAUGGUGUCGUUGCACUUAACGUUUUUGCUUCAAUAUAAAUAUAUUCACCUCUGCGUUCGUCGUCACUAUACUAAAUGAUUUUUAAGGCAGAGGUGUAAAAGUAUGUUAUUAAUUAUCUUUUAUUCAGCCCAACGUCAAUCUUUCCCGGUAUUAGGGCGCACAUGUGACAUAUUAGCUGAAUAAAGGGUAACUGGUGGUCUCUUACCCAGCCAAUAUACACCUCUUAUAACUCCUGUUACCCCUUAUAAUUCCGUUAAAUUGCUGCUACAACGCUCUUAAGUAGCUAUGUGAACUUAAGGCUGCCUAAUUUGUGCCCAUUUAAGAGUUAUAAAAGCUUAAAAGACGCUUAUACAGCUCUUAUGCAGCUUUUAUAUUCCAGCUUCAAGCGUAUUCGUACUUCAUUAUGCGGCUGCUAUACAGCUAAUCUGUGCUACUUGGGUUACCACAGAAACACAAGAUAUCCUAACAAACUGGUAUUAGACUUCAUUCCGAAUAGUUCACCUUUUAUGAAAAAUAGUUAUUACUUAUGUAUGAAUAUUUUUUAUUUAUUUAUUUAGAACACAGUCAUAAUAAACAUAUUACAUAUGUUUAAUUUGUUUGUAUUUAAUGCCCUUCCUGAAAAUAUCAAAGCCCCUGCCUCUAAAUCUAUUCAAAGCGCAACUAUAUACAUGGCUCAAAAAACAGGUAUUUUAUUCUUUAAACGAGUACCUCCAAAUUUAAGUGCAAUGCUAAUCAAAUCUAGUAAUAUUAAGUAGAAAUGAUAGUUGUAAUGUAAGUAAACAAUGUAAUAAAUUAAGACCACCUGCGUAUAGCUUUAACUUAACAUUUGCAUGCUUAACCAGCAAAAUAUGUCACUGUACAGGAUAAUCUUUCUAAUAUCACCUUGUUGUAUCAUAUUUUAUGCACAUAAAAUAAUUUUAUUU